CUGGGAAAGAGUUGAAAGUGGCAGUGCAUGCAUUGCCUUAUUGCUCGUGCGUGCCCAGCGUUCGUGUUUUCGACUUGUAGGUGCGCUUGGUUUGAAUUUUGAAGACAAGAGUUCUCCACGGAAGGACAGGUGUCCUCUUCGUUCCUUCCACGAAAUCUGAAGUGAAGGCUUUCGGCCGCUGCAUGUGCCACCGGCCUCCCCGUGCCUAAGAAAGUCACUUAGUGGACCCUACGCCCCUGGCUUGUGAUUGUAUUUAUACUGCGUCUGUCCGUGCCUGAAAUCAAUCAGACGCGGGAAGCGAGAAGAGUGUGACUCCCUCGGUCGAAGAGUUUGUAAAAUAUCCUCAGUCGAGCAGUACGGUUGCACGAGAAUGUCUCAAUGACACUACACUGGUGGUGGUGUGUGUGAGUUUGCUGAGCCUGGCCCGGAGCGGUGCCCGUGGAGAAGAAGAGCUUGACGGUGCUUGGAACGAUUGCUGCUGCUCGCGUUCAAGCCUAGCCGUAAGGGCCAGUUACCCUGAGUAGGCGCGGCGAGAGAGCAUUAUGGUCAUGGUGGAAACACAGUCGCUGCUGCUGCUGGUAUCAGCUGUUUGGCUUUGCCCUCUUGCUUGGAUCAAGUGCACUGUCAGCGCACAAUCUGAAGUGUGCAGGAAUUGCAUUGUUCAUGAGUCGACGUGUUCACCGUACGAUGAACGAUGUCUGGACAACUCUGCAUUGGCAUCAGGCCAAGCAAGACUACAGUCAGAAGCAGCCUCGUUCAAUGGCCUCUCCCACAUGAGAUUCAACUCACGGCUUGGUGGCUUGCUUCAGUUCGUGCGCCUGAACUUCAUCACCCGCAAGCAUGGCGGCAUGCUGCUUUACGCACCCGGUACUGAGGGCAGCAGCUUGCUAGUGGAGUUACGGCACGGCCGCGUUGUAGUCAUCGUACAACAGCUCGGCCGCACAGUUCAAAUCAACUCGCAGAAUGGCGGCUUCAACGACAGUCGCUGGCACAAGAUUGAUCUGGAGUUCAUCUUGGAUAGGGCGGUGGUGGUUGUCCUGAGGGUGGAUGGUGCCGUCGAGGGGGCCACUGCCAACGCGUCGCCACUGCAGCUCAGCGGAACUGCCUACCUUGGCGGCGUGGCCAGUUUUCGAGAGAACCCUAAUCUGGGUGGUCACUUCUUUCGCGGAUGCUUGGCCGAGGUUGCGCUAGAUGCUGAGGCGGCAUCCCCGUCGGCUCAACCGCUCUCCCGAUCAGCAUCGCCGUCACUCGCCUGGUCUCAGCUGGUCACGCACACGCAAGGAGGCGUGCGCCGCGGCUGCUUCUCGGAUGUGGUGCGCAGGCCGCAUGCCUCGCCAGCCGUCAGUCUGAGACGACCUCAUUCACACAUGCGCCUCGCCGCCUGGACUGCAGGCUCAUCUUCGCUAAAGUUUGAUAUACGAACAGCAGCCAGUGAUGGUUUGCUGGUUCUGCAGACUAACUCUCUACACCCGCCGUCGCUCAGUAAUUACCUUGCGGUGGAGGUCAGCCAUGGCUAUGUCAGGGUUGUGGUGCAGGUAUCCAGGCAAGAGUACACACUGCAGGGUGACACGAUGGUGAGUGACGGGACAUGGCACCGCCUGCAGCUGAACUUCACGCAGCGCGGUUUGGUGAUGCGAACCGACAACCGACCCGUGCAGUCCUUGUCAUACCCGAUCAGCGGUCUCGGCCAGGCAUCGCAGUUGUAUUUUGGACGUCGGGCAGCUCUUGUGACUGCACUAGGGGUGGAACGCCGCUUUCCCGUGUCUCUGCUGACGUGCUUGCGGCGUGUGCGCGUUGCGUUUGCUGACGUAAACAUCCAUGAUAUCGUCGACAGUGGCGGCAGUGAUGUCCACAUGAUCAGUACAGCAUGCUACUGGACUGACCCGUGUCACACACAGAACCCAUGCGUGGACUCGCAGACGUGCAUCUCUAUUGCCGACUCUAGUCUGUGCAACUGCCCGGAAUGCAUAGUGACACGCAAUGAUGCAACGGUUCUAGUAUCACCAACCACCACUGCCGGUCCGCUGAAUGAGAUGCAGAUGCCGGACCUGUCUCAGCUUGAAUUUGACGUUGUUACUGUGCCACUGCAAGUAAAAGAGGCUGGCUCCGAAACCACCAAUAACUUCACACUCCUUGUCAUCCCAUCUAACCCGCAGCAGAAUGUGAACCGCGUCACCGGCAGUCUUCACGGACCUGAUUUCCCCGCCGAGGGCAUCGAUUUGGUUGUCUCGGUGGUCACAGCUCCACGUCACGGCAAGCUUCGUCUCACUAACUCCGCAACCUCACCGGCACCCAGUGUCAGUCAUUUCCUUUACCAGCAGCUGACUCAGGGAGGUGUUACGUACGAACACGACGGCUCGGAGACGACGGAGGACACGUUUUUCCUGUCUUUGCUGGCCGCCACGGGCGAAGUUCUAGUGGAGAGACAUGAUGUGACGGUGACUAUUCUGCCCAUGAAUGACAAACCGAGAAAAGUGAACUUAUCCAUCGUGCCCAUAGCCGUCGGGUCGAGUAUCUACCUCACAUCCAGUAGAUUGGCGUUUGUUGAUGAUGACGGUACGGCAGCGGCCACGCGGUUUGAGUGGCUCAACACGUCGCGUACCGUGCUGCCGGCCCGUCUAGAGCACGUGCACAACCGCGGCUCGCCGCUCUCGCACUUCACGCAGCAGGACGUCAACCAGAACCUUGUGCUAGUCGUUCACCUUGGCCCACGAUCGGAAGCUCAGUUCGUGUUUGACUUCCGUGUCACGGACGACCUGGGUGCGACGACAACAUUCAGCAUGAGCAUCAAGCCAUUCCUGGGUGUCUUGUAUCUUGAUCGCAACACCGGCGUACACAUUGCCUAUCACGGGCAAGUGCGUAUUAGCCAACACCAGUUGUUUGCCUCGACGUCGUUUGCUCAUCAGUUGCCGGCACCGCAAGUCAAGUACACCGUGCAUGACCACCCCACCAGCGCCGUGUUGGCGCUGCGUACUGCGGACACCGAGCACCUGAUACCGACGACAUCGUUCACGCAGGAUGACGUCGUAGCCUCCCGUGUUGUCCUAGUGCACAACACGAGCACAUCUGCGUCGCAUGACUCGUUCACUUUCAGUCUGUCCAGCGGCUCCUUCGUCAGCCAGCUGCGCCGCAGAGUCAACAUCACCAUCAGCUUACCAGAAAGAUCAGUACAUCCGACUAUUGUGGUUUCGUCGAGGCCUUUCGGCAUCGGCGAGGGGCGUCACCGGGACCUUCCAGGCGACCUAAUCUCGGUUUCACUUGAUCCCGCAUCGGCUAGCCGCGGGCCAUUCCAAAUCCGCAUAACUAGCUCAGCGCGCACCAACCAGGGCAGAUUCCUGCGCAGCAGGCCCUACACCAUGCCGGUGACAAGUUUCCUACUGUCGGAGCUACAGCAGGGCUGGAUCUCGUUCGUUCACCUGGACAGCGACGCGCCGUCGUCGGUGGUCAGCUUUUGCGUACGUGCGCACGGAGACUGGCCACCGGAUGUUCACCCCCCGCCGGAGUCAUGCGGUCAUCAGCUGCUGGUGAAUGUCAGGUUGCAGAAUGAUGAGGUGCCAGUGCUUGCCUAUCAGCCAGCAAAGGUGAUCAGGAUACCGGAGGGAUCGUGGCAGGUCAUCAACAGCUCCAUGCUGCUGGUAACGGACAAGGACACUCCGCCCAGAGACCUGGCGUUCACCAUUACCACCACGCCGGUGUACGGCUUCCUAGCGCUGCUGCCCAACCGCAGUGUGCACGUGACCUCCUUCACUCAGAAAGACAUCAACGAUCACCAGCUGGUCUAUCAGCACAGGAGAGGUGCUGGCCUGACUGAUUCCUUCUACUUCUCAGUCAGAGACGCCGGCGCUACCAAGGGAUCCCUGCCGGGGGUUCAGUCGAUCACUGUGGAGCCUCUGGAGCUCAUGGUCAAUGAUCAACGACAAGUGCCACUGCUACUGUCAGCGCUUUCCAACGGGGCGGCGGACAGCAUAACUGCUGUUCUGACAGAAGAAAUGUUUGCGCUGUCCAGCAAUGACCCGGAGCAGACCAGCGAUGUGCAGUUGACUAUUGCAACGCCACCCCAGCAUGGCGGGAUAGAGUGGACUGAAACGUCGCUCGCUGCGCCACAGUUCACCGUCGCUGACGUCGUGAAUGGUAAGGUCCACUACCGACUCGCUGACAAGUAUGUGCAGGCAACUGUCGACUCGUUUGAAUGUGUCGCCACAAUUGGUCGAUCUCGACUGGAAGGAAUUCGUGGCACGAUCGAGCUGGAAGCCCGCCCGUUCAUCUCCGCCAGCGUUUCUGAGAAGCUAUUCGUGGAAAUUGGUAGCACGACGGUGAUUACAGCUGACGAUAUCCAUCUUGAGUAUGAUCAUGCUAAGCUGAGCAUGCACGAAGUCAAGGCUGUCGUAACUAAAGGCCCGAUGCAUGGUGAAAUCCUCGUCAGUGAUCAGCCAGCCAGAGAGUUCUCGGCACACGAUCUCGAGAACAGUGUCGUGUCUUUCCGUGGCCAUGACAGUGCCGGUACAUCUGACAACUUCUCAUUCUACGUAACCAACGAGCACCGCAACACGUCCGUUCUGACAAUACAGGUUGCCCUCUUCAACUCGCACAUACAGCUCUUCGUGCACGGCCUGACGGUGGAGGAGGGUGGACGCACCGUCAUCUCCCCGGACGCCCUGCUCGCGCUGGGCCCGCCGCAGCACGAGCUGCUGUUCAACGUUGAGGUCGGACCUCACCGCGGCCAUCUCAUAUCCUGGGAGUCUGGUCGCAACGAGAGCAUCAGCUCGUUUACAGCACGCGACAUUGAACAAGGCCAUGUCCUGUAUAGCCAUGACGGUUCGGAACUGGCUUCUGAUUUCUUCAACUUCUCCGUAUCCCUUCAUCACCUGGAGAAUCAAUCGGCGUCGAGGCGCAUCGGCCCGUAUUCGGACACUGCAGUGGGCCAGCUGAUCAUCAAGGUCACGCGGAAGAAUGACAACAAGCCGCAGCCCGUGAGUCUGGAUGAUGUGACGGUGGAAGUGAUGCAGUUUGGCCAGGCCACGCUGACUGAUCGCCACCUGAACUACACCGACGGAGACAGUGGGUACAACAGUGCCGAGCUUCUCUACACCGUCUACCGUGGCCUGAAUCACGGCAGUCUCUUCAUCGAGAACGAGAUUGUGCGGACGUUUCGCCAGCGCGACGUGCAGCAAAAGCGACUUGUGUACAAGCAUGUUGGCGCUGAUGCUGAUGAGCUGGUGGAUCUGAUGAUGUACUACGUAUCGGACGAGAACCCAGCUAAUCAUUAUUACAAUGCACUCACGUUCAAGAUCAUCCCCAUGAUUCUACUGGUCAACGGUAGCAUAAUGCACGUUGUUGAAGGCAAGAACCGUAUCUUGUCGUCCGACUACCUCAACGUCAUGUCCAAUUUGGCUCCGCUGGACGCACGCGAAACCUUCUUUGUGCUUUCCAGCCAGUUAUCCAGUGGACACCUCACCGUUAAUGGACUCACACUGCAGCAGGGUGCCAACUUCUCGCUGCACGACCUGCGCAGCGACAGGGUUCUGUACGUGCACACCGGCACGGGCAUGGUCACCGACUCCAUCCUGCUAACGCCGCGCUACCGCAGCAAGGCGUUCCCCGCACACACCGUCAAGAUAGUAGUACAUGCUAGGGAUCACACGCCGCCCAGUCUGCUAGCUGCGGGCACACUGCUUGUCGACGAGGAGCAGAAGGCGGUGAUCACGUCCGCCAUUCUCGCGGCUCGCGACGAUCACGUGGACGAUGCCGACGUUGUCUUUCGGCUGAUACACCAGCUAUCCAACGGCGUUCUGCUUGUGAACGGGCGCAUCUCCAGCAGCUUCUCGCAAGCGGACGUGGACAGGAAUCGCGUGGAGUAUAGCCAUCUGACCGGGCACUCUCUUCACGAUCGGCUGGUACUCAAUGUCACGGAUGGUACCAACGUUGUACCCAGGAUCAUGCUCAACGUCACAGUCUACCCGAAGCUCAUCAUAACUGCUGGCCCGAUCACGGUACACGAGGGUGCCUCCACGGCAUUGGAUGCCAGUAGUCUCCGGGCCACGAACCAACUGUACGCUGACAGUGAACUCGCAUUUUUCGUUUCCCGGCAUCCACAGCAUGGGCAGAUUGCAUCUGUGCAGGGUCAAGCCGUUGACCGGUUCAACUUCACACAGCUGCAGGCAGCCCGGAUACAGUAUCAGCACGAUGACUCUGAAACAACCAGUGAUGAGUUCAUGAUCAUGGCUCGCCAUGGGAAUAAGAGCAGCAAUGAACUGACAGUCCAAGUCAAGGUGGCGCCGGUGAAUGAUGAGUACCCGCAGCGUGUAAACGAGCAUCUACUGUCUGUGUGGCGUUAUCAUGAUACCGUUGUUCCCAAUACUAAGCUCUUGUACACUGAUCUGGACACACCUGCCAGUGAAAUCAUCUUUUUCAAUUAUGACGGCUUCACCAAUGCCCGUGGCAGUCUAGUGUCGCAGAGAGCUGGCACUCGACGGCCACUGAGGCAGUUCUCGCAGCAAGAUAUCAAUGCCGGCGAUGUGGUCUUUGUCGGGCGCAAUGUGACCGGCCGAGACUCGUUCAUCUUCACUGUGAGCGAUGGCGUGAACGAGCAGUUCAGUGAGUUCCGUAUCCGAGUGGAGAGUCUUGAACUUGCCGCGCGAGUGAACAAGAAUGUCAGCGUGAUGGUCGGCGGGAAUGCAACGUUAGAACAUGACACCGUCAGGCUGCGUCGUAAUGACGACGUUGACGAAGAGAGCCUCGGUGACGCAUACUUUGAUCUCCUGAAGAGUCCACAUUCAGCGCAGUAUGGGCAUCUGAAGGUUGGCGGGAGCAUCGUCAAUGGAUUCCUGUAUUCUGACUUGAGAGAGGGCAGAGUGGUGUACGUGCAGACCAGUGUUGACUUCUGGCCACCUGAUGAUUGGCUUGUGUUCUCCGUGCAGUCAAGCCCUGGCGUGCAGGGCAUUGAUAGCCUUCGCGUACGUGUUCGUAUGGAGUACGGCACGGCACAGAACAGCCAGUUGCAUGCCAACUCUGCUCUGCGACUGGAUGAAGCGGGCUCGGCACUGCUGACGUCGGCUCACCUGAACGCGGCCAACCUUGUCUAUCGCCUCGUGCAUGACCUGAGCGUUCCGAGGGAGCAGUUGACAGUCACCUACAAACAACAGUUAGCAGGAACGCAGAGUGUACAUGGAUUGUUCAGACGCGUGGGAACCCCAACACCAGUAAACGCAUUCACCCAGGCUGAUAUAGACAGUGGACGGAUCGAGUACGUCCACGACGGUAGUGAACAUCAUCGUGAUCAUUUUGACCUGGAUAUCGACAUCACUGACGAACGGAACACGGUCCUGAAACGUGUCCAGGAAAGGCUCCGUGUCAAAAUCCGGCCUCUCAAUCGCCGUCCAGUUGAGCUGCACGGUGAGUCAACACCUCUUCAGGUUGCUGUAACCGGUUCAAUGCCAGUACCCGCAUCAGGCUUCGUCAAUGUCAUCGAUCGCGAUCUGCCGGCAGAGGAGCUGUACUAUGCCUUUUCACCGACUGCGGCUGGCCACUUCACUCUGUAUGGUGAGGAGAUUUCAGGCGAGGUCAACUUCACGCAAAGCAACCUGGAUGCCGGCCACGUUGAGUUUGUGGCUGGCAUGACACCAGGCGAGUACUGGGUGACGUGCAUAGCCAGUGAUGGCAUACACGCACUGAAUGUAAGCCUGAAGAUCGAGGUAUCCGAAGCGUUCCUGCAGCUUGCUCCCGGCAGUCCAGUCAGUGUGGUGCAGAAAUCCUACACUGCAUUCUUGGGCGGUGAUCAUCUCCAGAUCAAGAGCAAUAUUCAUCCAUCGGAGUUGAUCUUCAGCCUGAGCACAGUUCCAUCACGCGGUCGUCUGUACAGGAAACUGGAUGGCCUGCUUGCCAGUGUGGGGGAUGCGGACCUGUUCAGCUGGGAGGAUGUCCUCGAUGGUAGAGUGGCGUAUCGCCUGGAGGAGAUGACCGACAGUGUAGACCAGUUCACCCUGGAGGAAGUCGGCGGGCAGAUCAACGACAGUCAGUCCGUCGAUGUAGCGGUACAAGUGAAAGCGCUCUUGACGUCAAAGCCGGUUGUUUUCGGCAAUGAGGCUCUGAUGGUGUUGACUCGGGACAUGCUGAACGCCGACCAGAUCGCCACUGGUCACAAUUUCAAAGCUGUCGACUUCCAGCUAACUACCAACCCCGGGAAUGGCGUGAUCAACGUUCUCAGCGCCGACAACGGUAGACCGCGCAGCAGUCGCCGCCGUCGUCGACAGGUUUCAGAAGGCUUCACCUAUGAUGACGUGGUGGCUGGUCGUGUGGUGUAUGAGCCCAAACAGGAUGCCCCGCUGGCCUACGACGAGAGCUUUGAAUUUCUGCUGAGUGGCCCUGAAGUACCACCCGGGGCAGGACGUCUUGACUUCACCGUGGACAGAUCCGCUGGCACGAAAUCGCCGCGACUGACAACAAGUUCCAAUGCUCCAUCAUCUACCGGCACACUGUUUGCUGAUUUGCCCGGUAUGAAGAGUGACAAAGAUGACGAGUACCUCAUGCAGGUCAUUAUCCCAGCAGCCGGCGGUGGCUUCUUUGUCGCCCUUCUGCUGCUGACACUCAUCAUUGUGGCCUAUCGCAGCAAGAAGCGUCAGGAGCAGAAGACCGGGCCGCAGAACAACUACGCGGGACGGGACGCCGGGGAGUCGCCGACCUCGGAGACAUCAUCAUCGCUGUCCACGCACAAGACCGGAACGCUACGCGAUGACACCAUCCUGGCACAGGCCACGCCGGUGUCCGACGUUUCCAAGCCGUACGCAAGCACCACCAGCGGCGUGGACAGUGGUGACGGCACUCCGGGCGAUUCGCCGGGCGCAAAGCGAGCUCAUCCGUCCACCUUGCCGCGUUCCUGGAACUCCACGGCAGGCCAUGUUGUCGUGGCUGGUCGCUCCAAUUCAGACCAGGAGAUGGGCGCCUACGGACAUGGUAGCACUACUCCCCACGAAGCCUUCUCAGGAUCCCGACCUACAGCGAUACCUCCAAACUCGCGCGGAAGCAGCACAUCGCACUACUAUAAAGUUUCACGGGAAGACAGUAUAAGGUACAAUAAUGAUGGCCGAGGUGUGCCACAGGCCACCGAGGUAGGCGACCACAUCAACAGUCACGAGAGCCUGGCCGCGUACGAUCGUGUCUUCGACAAGAUACUGGACAAGCGGCCGCCCACCGAAUCGCCGGAGCAGAACGACGGCCGGCCAUCAUCGGCUAUGACCGUGCUGCGCAAGAACGAGUACUGGAUAUGAGACUCCCAGCCACUGCCACUGCCAAAUACUGGAUACGAGACUCAGAGCCACUGCCACGGACUGAUCAACAGUUCUGUCACGGCUGAGCUACAUGACUUGCAUGCCUGCUCGUUACACCCUCCACAUCGGGUGCAAGCAUGCACCUUCAUAUCAACAUUCGACUUGCUUCAGGAGACUUGACAAAUUCACCACUUGAUGUUGCGAUGAUUGAAGUUUGUUAUGUAUUACAGUGUAUGCAGUUUGAGUUUGUGUGUACCUGUGAUUGUCUGCCUGCAUCACUGUUCCGUAAGCCGGCGACUUUACAGUGGCUGGCACAUGGACGUGCACCCUUGAGUUGAGCACGCAACCUUUCCGUUAGCUGAAGUGCAUGUGCUGCAGCAUCAAACCGAUAAUAUAUUUCGCUUCCGUGAUCGCUUCGCUGGCUGAGCGAGCUACUGCUCCUCUUUGAACGCUGGCCACCAGCUUAUGGUCUUGUUGAUUCGCUAAAUUGACUUUACACAACCAACUCUGCCGCACCUAUCUAAGAACUUCACCUCUUUCUGACAUUUCUCUUUGACCUUUUUUUUGCUUUCCUUUCCGCUAUAAAUGACAGUUCACAGCUAUUGACUAUUGUCCCUGCUGUCCCUGCAGUAAGGAGAGAUUUGAAUUCUAUUCCUUGGAUUUGGAUUUUUAUUCCUACUAUUUGUAGCCAUGCAGGUAUGUCAUAGGCCUGUUCACCCGUAUAGAUGUAGGCCCUUGCUAGUACUAACUUACAUAGUCAUGUAGUGCAGUUUAGAAGUCUAUCUUCCUAUUUAUACGUUUGCAAUCUACGUGACCGUUUCAUCGUGAA